AUGCCUUCUUUCACGCCCUCGCCUGGCAACUACCCUGCCAAAGGUGACGGUGACUUCGCGGGUGGGAUCUUCAGCAUCCCCCUCAACGAGCUGCCCGCGUACAUUCCCCCGGGCAGCGGCACCGGCAGCGAAACCCCCACAGGCAACGGCCAGAAAACUUCUGGCAGCGGUCCCUACCCCGCGGCCAUGGUGACCGACUCCAGCCUCCCAGGCCACACCAUCUUCGCACCGAAAACACCCCCCGCAGGCAACCUCAGCAUGCCGUUCAUCGCGUGGGGCAAUGGCGCUUGCACGCUGAAUGCCGGCCAGUACCAGAACUUCCUAGUCGAGAUCGCGAGCCACGGGUACGUGAUCGCUGCAGACGGCACGCCGAAUGGCAGCGGGGGCACGAGCACUCAGAGCAAGGUGCAAGAUAUGCGGGACUCGCUGGAUUGGGCUUUCGCCGGGAAGGCGGCGAAGUACGGGAAUAUUGAUCUGACGAAGGUGACGACGGCGGGGCAUAGCUGUGGUGGGUUGGAGGGGAUGAGCACUGCGUAUCAUGAUGAGAGGGUCAAGCGCAUCAUGAUGUUCAACAUCGCCAUCUUCCAGGAUAACCGCAGGUACCUGCUUUCCGAGAUCAAAGUACCCGUCGCGUACUUCAUCGGCGGUAAGCCAGAUAUGGGGUACACCACUUCCGCCAAAGACUAUGCCCUCCUCAACGCCGGCCUCCCCAAGCUCCGCGUCAAUCUCGAUACCGGCCAUGGCGGCACAUACGGCGCGACCAACGGCGGCAAGUUCGGCAAGGCGGCAGUCAACUAUCUGGAGUGGCAGUGGCGUGAUAACGCGACGGCUAAGGCAGUCAUCCUGGACCCGAACAGUGCGGGCAGCUUGGUCAAGGACAAGUGGGUCGUCGAGAGUGCGAACUGGACGUGA